GACGUCGCCUUGCGCAUCGCCGACCAAUACAGAGCGGUCAGGGCGAGCGGGAAGCAGCAGCACAUGUGUUUGCGAGUUUUGAAAGUUCCACCGGCAAGCAUUCAGUGUUGUGCGGCUUGUGUGUUCGGACAGCAGACAACAGCAUCUUGGUCCAGCCAAGUCCUCUGAACGCGCACAGUGCAAUGACUUAUUCCAGUUGGUGAGUGUGCCGUACCGAUCUGUAACGUCAUGGGUGCCUUCAAAGACACCCCCAGACUCCUGUGGUUGUGCAUCUUCGCAACUUUCUUCCUUACUGUUCUCGACCAUGCGGUGGAUCAGGUGUCUGCUGAGUCUAAGAUCGACUCAGAUUUAGUUUUCGAAAAUUUAGAGCAAACAGAUAUAGCAAGUCACGAAAAUCAUCAUAGGAUAGCAAAAGAUACGUCCAAAAAUGAAGAAAAUUCCGUAGAUUCUAGUCCAUCAGUGGAUGAACACUGGUUAUCAAGCACUGUAAAUAGAAUUAAAAGGCAUAUUAACAGCUUUCUUUCUACAAAUUCAAAAGUAAAUCAUGCGGAAAGGAAAGGAAAAUCGUCGAAAGUUCCUAGAAGCAGAAGCAGUCCGCGCAGCAAACGAAAAACGUGGAGAGUCCGCAGACAGGGUAGUCAAGAAGAGGCUGAUGAAGAAUAUGAUGAUGAGGAUGACGGUGAAGGUGCAGAAGAUGAUGAUAAUACUUAUGAUGAAGAAGAUGAAGAAAAUGAAGAGACGGAUAACCAGAAUGGUGAAUAUGAUGAUGGAGGUGACGAAAAUGAGAACGAGUAUGAGGAAGGAGACCUAGAUGAAGAUGGGAAUGGUAAUGGUGAAAAUGGGGGUAAUGAGGACGAAUACGAGGAUGAAAUGGAACCUGAGAAAGGAGACGAAGAAGAAGGCGAAGAGGAAGGUGAAAAUGGCGAAGAUGAUAAUGGCGACUAUGGGAAUGGUGAAUACGACGAGCAUCCUUUGCAACCAGAAAUACCAAGACCGUCGCAAACAGAAGCUACUUUUGUUGGCGUUUCUGACAUUAUACCACCCAGUACAGAACAACAAGAAACUACGAGUGUUACUGAGAUUCCCCUUAUUCAGGAACCUUCGCCAACAGAAACAGAAGUCUCCGAGGAUCAGAGAGGAUUCAACCUUUUCAAGCCCGAAGAUAACUACUCUAGUCCAGAAGCACGCAACCACACUGUGUUUGGAGAUGACGAUGAAGAUAACCUAAUCACAUCGGGUGAAUCAAGUACUGACGGCCCUAUGAGACCUUUUCCUGAAACUGGAGUGCCUCAUCCUGUAUACUACCGCGUGUCAUUCACUGUGUCUGAACCAUACUUACCAGAUUUCGCUGAUCGCAACAGUUUUAGAUAUAAAGAUUUCAGCGAUGAACUGGUAAAAGAGAUUGACAACUUAUACGCAGAAACACCUGGAAUACAGACAGCUACAGUCAUCAAAAUAGAGAAACGAGAAGCAGAUACCUUUACGUCAAGAGUAACUAUUGACUUAGGGAGUGAAGGCUACAGUAAUAAAGAAGUCAUGGAGAGCAUUCUCCUUGGACAUAUAACACGUCACCACCGACUAGGAAGGAUUACCGUUUUGCCCGAAGAAUUUAAUUUUAGAGCGUUUGAAGAAAGCUCAAAAGUUAUGUGUGGCAUUGAUCAGAUACCUUGUCAUUCGGGUGAAUGCGUUUCCUCUGAAGCCCGGUGUAAUGGAACUUCCGAAUGUGCAGAUAAUUCGGAUGAAACUGGAUGCGGUGACACUUUCGUUGAUGUGCCUACAUCAGCGUCCUCAACAAUCUCUCCGACAACAGAAGAAGAAGAAGAACUUGGUAGUGGCUGUCGUGCUGAUGAUGCAGUUCGUUGUGCUGAUGGUUCACGUGUAAUUUGUGCCGAUCAAGUUUGCGAUAGAGUAAAAGAUUGCGACGAUGGAAGAGAUGAAGCUGGUUGUCCAACUGAGCCCACUAUCGCCUGUGCCGAGGGAGAAUUCAGCUGUGAUCUAUCUAGGUGUAUCCCUGUCAGCAAAAGGUGUGAUGGUUUUAAAGACUGCAGUGAUGAAACAGAUGAGAGAGAAUGUAUUGUGUGCCAAUCCAACGAAAUCAAAUGUGACAAUAACUGCAUUCCACCAAACCGACUAUGUGACGGAGUUCAAGACUGUACUAACGGUGUCGACGAGAACAACUGCCCUCCACCAGAGUCUCAGUGCAGCAGCGAUCAGUUUUCAUGUGGCGAUGGACAAUGUAUUUCUCUUCAACAACGAUGCGACCGACGUCCAGACUGCCGAAAUGGACAAGACGAAAACAACUGCACAGCGCCAUGCGGUGAUGACGAAUUCACAUGUCAGGAUCGAACUUGUAUCCCGUUAACAGCAAAAUGCGAUUCAAAAUACGAUUGUAAGGAUUUAUCCGACGAACGAAAUUGUCCCUGCAAACCGACGGAUUUCCGAUGUGCGAACGGUAUCUGUAUCCCCCCCAGCCAAAGAUGCAACGGAAUUCAUAAUUGUCAAGACAGAUCCGACGAGAUCGGAUGCCAUAGUAGCCCUAGGUCAGAAAAUUACGAUAACCAAAGCAAAGUUUGCACCCCUGACGAGUUUACGUGUAGAAACGGGGCUUGCGUAAGUUUAUCGAGGCGAUGCGAUGGAAAACCCGACUGCCGCGACAACGAAGACGAGGAAUCCUGCGCUUUAUGCAAUGCAGACCAAUUCAAAUGCACAAGUGGUAACUGUAUUGACGCAAGAAAAAAGUGUGACUCUAUUAGCGAUUGUCCGGAUGGUAGUGAUGAAACUAGUUGCAGUGGUUUUCCGGGAAGUUCUUGUAGCGAAAAUGAAUUCGAAUGUGCCACCGGUUUUUGUAUCAUGGGCUACAAAAGAUGUAACGGUAUAAAAGAUUGUCCUAGUGGCAAUGACGAAGAGCAAUGCCCGACACCCAUAUUACCACCUGAACCAUCAUGUUCUUCAAGCGACUUUCGUUGCAACGAUGGCCGUUGUAUCGAGAGUAGGUUGCGAUGCGACAACAUACCAGACUGUAGGGAUAGAUCCGAUGAGAUAAAUUGUUACUAUAAUGGUGUGUGCGCCGAAGACGACAUUCAAUGUGGAAAUGGAGAUUGCAUAUCCGGAAGGCAAAGAUGCGAUGGCAUAGAGGACUGUUCCGACGGAUCUGAUGAGCAAGGGUGUAGUUUUUGCACACCCGAUCAGUUCCGUUGUAUAUCCGGAGGCUGUAUCGAGGAACAUUUUCGCUGUGACGGUAUUACUCACUGCUCUGACGGGUCCGAUGAGCAAAACUGCGUUUACACGUGUCCAGAAGAUCAAUUUCGUUGUGGUACCGGAGUGUGUUUAGACAUCCGUCGUCGCUGUGAUGGGCGACCAGAUUGUCCAGAUGGUUCCGACGAACAAGGUUGCUCGACAUCUGCUCCUGGUGGCCAGAAUUGCACCAACACUCAAUUCAGCUGUGGUGACAGUUGCAUAAACACGGACUUCCGCUGUGAUGGUUACGACGACUGCGCCGAUGGCAGAGAUGAAGAAGGAUGCAGCAGUCGCUGCGAAGACACUCAGUUCGACUGUAAAGAUGGCCGCUGUAUUGAGGGCCAGCUUCAAUGUGACGGGAAAAAUGAUUGCCGUGAUGGUUCCGACGAAUUUGAUUGCCCACCAGACGACCGAUGCACUCCCAGCGAGUUCCAGUGUGAAAACGGCGCUUGCAUUCCGAACUACCUGGUUUGCAAUGGGGCAGCAGAAUGUACAGACGGAUCCGACGAAAGAGAAUGUCAAUGCCGUUCAGACGAAUUCCAGUGUCAGAAUGGAGAUUGCAUAGCCGGUUAUUUACGUUGUAACAGAAGGAAUGACUGUAGUGAUGGUUCUGAUGAAUUUAACUGUCCAACUGAACCACCCCCUGUUGUAACAGCACCUCCACUGCCGCCAACGCGACCCACACCGCCACCAGUUACUUGCUCUGCGGGCUAUCGGCCAUGUCACAGUGCCGACAAAUGCAUCCUUCAAUCACAAUUUUGUGAUGGUAGAGUCGAUUGCAGCGACAUGUCUGAUGAAACCAAUUGCCCUGGACCCAGUGAAGGCCUCAACUUAAGGACAUAUCCCAAUGCUCAAGAAAUCAAAGAAAACAUUUAUAAGACCGAUCGAGAAGUUGUGUUCCAAUGCCGCGAUGAAGGUCCAUUCAGAGCUCGAGUACACUGGACAAGACCAAACGGAGAACCGUUACCAGCUGGUUCCAGGGAUCAGAACGGUCGACUCGAAAUUCCCAACAUUAAAGUUGAACACGGUGGCACGUACAUUUGUCAAGCUGAAGGAUACCCUCCAAACACACCAGGAGCGCAAGUUUCGGUCCACCUUCAAGUUGAUCGUUGGAUUCCACCACCGACUCGUCCAACAACAGCAUGUGGACUCCACCAAGCCACUUGUUCUAACGGCGACUGUAUCGAAAAGAAUCUAGUCUGUGAUGGUAGAUACGACUGCACUGAUGGUUCUGAUGAAAACCGUUGCAACCCCAACGGAUGUGAACCGAACGAAUUCCGAUGUGCCAAUAAGAAAUGUAUACUUAAGACAUGGAGAUGCGACUCCGAUGACGAUUGUGGCGAUGGAUCCGAUGAAGAAAACUGUGCGACUAAUCCACCUGGGUCGAUCUGUGCUUACCAUCAGUUUGCAUGCCAUUCCAACAACCAAUGCAUUCCAAGAAGCUACCACUGUGAUUUGGAACGCGAUUGUAUCGACGGUAGUGAUGAAAUCGGAUGCUCUUUGCCUGUUGUUUCAAAACCGCCACCUCCAAUGGUAACACUUGAGGUGGGAUCGCUUUUUGAAAUCGGUUGUACCGCAGUAGGAGUACCGACUCCUGAAAUCGUCUGGCGUUUGAACUGGGGCCACAUUCCACCGAAGUGCCGCACAACUAGUGUUAACGGUGUGGGAACGCUCAGCUGUCCAAAUAUUCAAAUUGAGGAUCAGGGUGCUUAUUCAUGCGAGGUUAUUAACAUCAAAGGCACAGUGUUUGCCAUACCGGACACUAUUCUAGUAAUCGAUGUAAAUCCAGUGUGUCGGGAUGGUUAUUUCAACGAAGAAGCUAGAACAGAAUCAGAAUGCAUUAAAUGUUUCUGCUUCGGUCAGUCCAACAAAUGCCGUUCAGCAGAUUUGUUCAUUUAUCAAUUCCAACCUCCGUUUGAUAGUCUUAAAUUGUUGGGUGUGUUCGUGGAUCCUAACACUGGUGCUGUGGAAGUUAGAGAUGAACCGAUUUAUAGAAAUGGACAACCCUUGUUGACUAGUGUCGGUAGAAACGGCGUUUACGCUCAACUGCCACCAUAUGGAGAAAUCUCCUCAAGUUCGUUGGUGCCAUAUUUCGCAAUGCCAGAAAACUACCAUGGCAAUCAACUAAAAAGCUACGGUGGCUACUUGAGAUUUAACGUGCAACACAAUAAUCGUGGUUAUCAAGUCGCAGGACCCACAGUUAUUCUAACCGGCAAUGGUUACACUUUAUUAAGUGCUCAGUCUUACCAGCCACCACCCAAUCGCGUUGAAAACGUCCAAGUAAGGUUCUUCGAAGGCGAAUGGGUUAAAAGAGUUGAAGGUUAUCCUGAAACACGAGCAUCACGUGAAGAAAUAAUGAUGGCACUGGCAAAUAUUGACAAUAUCUUAGUAAAACUGCAAUAUAACGAGGGUCCAUUAAAUACCACCAUUUCCAACAUCGAAAUGGACUCGGCAGCUGUCCCGAACAGCGGGUUGGGGCCAGCGUCUUACGUGGAAGAAUGCGAAUGUCCUGUUGGAUACACCGGAACUUCUUGCGAGCGAUGCGCCGACGGCUACGUGCGCCACAAAACAGGACCAUGGCUUGGACAGUGUUAUGCACGACAACAUAUUACUUGUUCCCCAGGUACAUACGGAAAUCCAAAUCGCGGAGGACAAUGCGAAGUGUGUCCCUGUCCGCUCACUAAUCCUAGUAAUCAGUUUGCAAGAACUUGUUCGUUAGGUUCCGAUGGAGAAGUUACGUGCGAUUGUCCCCCAGGUUACGUUGGCAGACGUUGCGAACAGUGUGCUCCAGGUUACUCCGGCAAUCCUCUCAUACCGGGUGAUUCUUGCAGAGUUACUUCUCAGUGUAACGCAGAGGGCACCAUUGGCGAGGAACAAGGAAGAUGCCGCUGUAAGGAUUAUGUCGAUGGUCCAACGUGUGCUUCCUGUAAGGCCAAUACAUUCUACCUAAGCGGAGAUAAUCAGUUUGGUUGUAUUGCAUGCUUCUGUAUGGGCGUUACUAGACAAUGUACAAGCUCCAACUGGUUCAGGGAUCAGAUUAGUUCCUAUUUCACCAAUUCUCGUGAUGGCUUCAAACUGAUCGACACGGAAAAUCGAGAAAGACCGAUCGAAGAAGGAAUCAAUCUAGAUCAAACUAGACGUGAAAUAUCCUACAGCAGCUUCUCUAGCCCGAAUGUUCACUACUGGUCUCUUCCACCUCGCUAUUUAGGAGACAAGAUCACAUCUUACGGCGGCUAUCUAAGAUACACUUUACGCUAUGUGCCGUUACCUGGUGGGCAAAGUUCUAGAAAUUCCGCUGCGGAUGUCGAGCUAGUCAGCGCCAAUCAAAUUAUUCUUUUGUAUUACGCUCGAGAACAAGUUCAACCGACUGGCACUCCUCAAACAUUUGUAGUUCCUCUUCUAGAGCAAUACUGGCAGCGCAGUGAUGGACAAAAAGCUGAUCGUGAGCAUCUGCUCAUGGCACUGGCCGAUUUAGAUGCGAUCUAUAUUAAAGCAACGUACAACACCAAUACCAGGGAAUCUGCACUAAUUUCCGUGUCGCUGGAUAUCUCGAACGAGCACAACACUGGAUCAAGCGAACGAGCUCUAGCAGUUGAACAAUGUCAUUGUCCUCCUGGUUACACUGGUUUGUCUUGCGAGGAUUGUGCAGUAGGAUACACCAGAGCAGAUGAAGGGAUUUACCUGGGACUGUGUGAACCCUGUAACUGCAACGGAAACUCGCGGGAGUGUGAUCCAGAGACGGGCGCUUGUUUCAACUGUGAUAAUUUCACCACUGGAGAGAACUGCGAAACUUGCCUGCCGGGUUAUGAAGGUGAUCCAGCUAACAGAAUUCCAUGCCGAUAUGUUGGCGGUGGUGGAGUGGUACAAUGUAAUUGCAACCCUCAAGGUUCUGUUUCAAGCGAAUGUUACAAUGGGGUCUGUCAGUGCAAAACCAACGUGGAAGGAAACAAUUGCAACCGCUGUAGAACUGGCACCUUUGGGUUAAGUAUUACAAACGUCCACGGUUGUCAGUCCUGUUUCUGUUCUGGUGUAACAACAGAAUGUAGAGAGGGUAACUUCUUUUACGAACAGAUUCCCACGUUCAUUGACGCAGAAAGACAUGGAUUUACUCUAACUGAUCAAUACCAGACCCAACGAAUUGAUAACGGUUUCCAAAUAAAUGCCUUAAUGAAUGAGAUCGGUUACACGUUCAGACCAAGCAACUCCGAAAGAUGGUAUUGGUCGCUUCCCAGGAAGUAUACCGGAAAUCAGGUCAAAUCAUACGGAGGAAAACUAGAAUUUACACAAAGGUAUACCCAACGACCACAAGCUGUGUAUGUUCCGGAUCAAGACAUCAUCAUAAUAGGCAAUAGAGUAACAAUUUACUGGAGUAACCCACAAGGUCUUAAUCCAGAUCAGAUAAACAAAAUUUCUGUCGUGUUGAGUCCCUCUGCUAACUGGCAACGUAUCGAUGGCAACCAAGGUCCGAGACCUGCUACUAGAGAAGACAUAAUGACCGUGUUGGCUCAUAUUGAUGUCAUUCUAAUUAGAGCUCAACAGUCUAGCGAUACCGAGAGUGCCUACAUAAGUGAUGUAACAUUAGAUACUGCUAUUGAACAAAAUACUUUAACUCCCCAACCACCAACUACUGAAGUUGAAGUAUGCAGAUGCCCUCCAGGUUAUCGAGGAUCAUCUUGCGAGUCAUGUGCUGCCGGUUAUUACAGAGACACUAAUGAUUACAGCACUGGACCUUUAGGAUCAUGUUCAAGAUGUCCCUGUAAUUCCCGCGAACAAAGUUGUAGUCUAGGACCGGACAACAGGGUCAGUUGCACUUGCCUUCCGAAUUAUGCUGGCAGACAAUGCGAAUAUGAUGCGAAUAGCACCACUACUACACCGGGACCAUGGGUUUCAACUGCAGCACCACCCACAAUAGAAAUCACAAUUGCGCCUCCUCCAAGAAUUGAAAUCCUUAAAGUCGGUAGUACCGUCAGAUUUAACUGUUCGGCAAGAUCUUUGGUUGAUAGAAGACCAAUUAGACUACACUGGACCAAGGACGGUGCCAAUCUUCCCUCUCAUGCUGUCGAUGAUGGAAGAGGAAUAUUGGUUAUAACCGACCUAAGAGUUUCUGACUCCGGACGAUACAUUUGUGAGGCAUUCGAUGGAUACGUCGUAGAAUCUAAAGACAUCGUCAUCACUGUUGGACCUUCUGAACCUGAAGCGCCGAGAGUAGUCAUAACUCCUCCAUUUGUGGACGUGCAAGAGGGUCAGUUGAUACAAAUUCAAUGCGCUGCUACUGGCACCCCUGAACCAUCUUUGCGUUUAAUCAGGCUCGAUGGCGAACAAUUGAAUCCCGAUCAUAUCUUCCAAAAUGGUCUCUUCCGCAUUCCACAAGCACGUAGAUCAGAUCAAGGUCCCUACCAAUGCAUUGCUACCAACACGGCCGGAACCCACACUUCUAACGUAGAUAUAUAUGUUCGAGAAAAUACUGACGGUGGCGUUGCAACGGUGGAAAUAUCACCACCCUUCCACGAAGGUCCAAGUGGCGAAACAUUCUCUCUAAGAUGCCAAUCAAACAGAGCAGUUGAUCUGCGAUGGUCCCGUCAAAACGGCCGUCCACUUCCGUAUAGUUUCGUUGCAAGCGGUGAUGUUCUAACAGCUCACUCUCCCAAACCUGAAGACUCUGGUAUAUAUGUGUGCACAGCAGUUACUCCAAGCGGAUAUACAGUAACAGGGACAGCAGAGGUCAGAAUACACGAGUCUCAAAGCAACUCCCCACCAACCGCUAAGGUCUCUCCUGAGCGCGUUCUAAUUGCUCAAGGUUCAUCUACUGAACUUCACUGCGAAGCCGCUGGAUCUCCGACACCGACCGUUAAAUGGACCCGAGUGGGAUCAGAAUUCCCUUCACAUAUAAUGCAAUCAGGGUCAACUCUUUAUAUCAGAAACGCCCAAGUUGAGGAUAGAGGUGUUUAUGUAUGCAUAACCUCCAACAGUCUUGGCUUAGCUCAAGCUUCUUCUAUUGUCGAAGUAAAUCGCCUCGAAGCUCCUAUCUUGUCACUCCAUCCAAGCGCUUCGCAAACCAUAACUGCUGGCAACAGUGCUAUUCUGGUUUGUCGAGCGGAGGCUGGUAUUCCAUCUCCCGUAAUUACUUGGUCUAGAAGUGAUGGUAGACCGCUGAGUUCGCACAUAGAAAGAAUGGCGGACGGAUCGUUAAGGUUCACGCAGAUCACACCAGAAGAAAGUGGCGAAUACGUUUGUACAGGUGAAAAUGAAGCAGGAAGAGAAACUGCCAUCGCUAACAUCAUCGUACAAGUUAGUCCUACAGUCUGGACCGUGCCUAAUGAAGAUAUUGUAAUGAGACGACAGGGUGAAUACAUUAGACUUGAAUGUCAUGCAUCUGGUCAACCCGCACCUACAAUUCAGUGGAGAAGAAUAGAUCAAAGAGUGGCUUAUAGUGGACUACCAGAAAGUAUACUAUCCAGAAAUACAGCCAUUCUAGAAAUAGCCAGAUUUGCUUCACAAGAUCAAGGCUUGUACCUCUGUGAAGCCCGUAAUGAUGCUGGAGUCGCAGAAAAACGUGUUCAGCUGGCCAUCCAUAGUGUACCGAGCCGCGGAGAUAUAGUGGGUAACCCUAAUGGACCAGGUGAAGACUCAACUGGUACAAACGAGGUCAUUCCUGAAGGUGGUUAUAAAACAACCGACCAUCGCCCGUCUGGCCCAUCAAAUCCAUCGCGACCACCAGUACACAGCUACGAUGAAACAUUCACUGCCCCUGUUGGUACCCGAGCCGAACUACGAUGCCAAGUCAAUAACAAUAAUGAUUCUGAAGCUCCGUAUGUCACCUGGACCCGCAGUGACAAUUCUUCAUUACCAAGUGAUGCGUUUGUUAGAAGUGGAACUCUUUACAUUGAUAACGUACAACCCACCGCAACGGGCGAGUACCGCUGCUUGGGAACUGAUCGGUACACUGGACGAGUCGUAUUUUCAGUCGUUGCCCAUCUGGAAGUUAUCUCCCCUCCAAGAAUCACACUGACGCCGCCGCGGCAAGUUGUUCGUCCUGGUGACAACGCACACAUCCAAUGUAGCGCUACCGGUCAACAACCAAUCACCAUCCGAUGGGUACCCGUCAAGCGUACCUUCCCAGCCACGGUUACAACUCGCGAAGGUUUGCUUCAAUUCAAUAACAUUCAGCUAAGUGACGCCGGACGAUACCGUUGUACUGCCGUUAAUAGUGCUGGUGAAGCUGAUGCUGUAGCUGAUGUAAUCGUCGAAGAAAAUAUUCACAGACCUACUCUGACUGCUGAGAACCGCCAGCAAACAGCUCCACAGGGUUCGUCUAUAACACUGCGUUGCCGAGCUCAAGAUACCAAUGUUAUUAACAACAUCCGAUGGUUCCGAGAGCAACUUCCUCUUCCAGAUCACUCAAGAGUAUCCGGAGAAUAUCUAUAUAUAACUAAUAUACAACCACAAGACGAAGGACGCUACUAUUGCGAAAUUCCGACAGAUGGCGGUUCCUCGAGUGAUUAUAUCGACGUACGGGUAACAAAUGAACAAUGGUUUUGUGCACAAGAUCAAUGGCAAUGUAGGAACGGUGUAUGCAUUUCGCAGUCUCAGCUUUGUAAUGGCAUCAAUGACUGUGGUGAUUACAAUGACGAAGAAGACUGCAAUCCCAGGAUACGACGGGGACCCUCCUCAGUAACGGUACCACCACCAACACUCCACAUAUCACCGCCCGAACGCACCUAUAGAAUAGGAGAACAUAUCGACAUUAAUUGUCAGUCCAGUGAACCUGGUGUUAUAACAACAUGGUCAAAACCUUCUGGGUGGUUCCAAAACAAUGUACAAAGCGCUGGAGGCACUCUAAGAAUUACGUCUCUAAAACCAGAAAAUGCAGGAACGUAUCGAUGCGAAGCCACAGGUCGUGAAGGUGUUUACCAUAAAGAUUACCACAUUGACGUAGAUCGCGAUAUUAACGAUGAAGCUCCACUUGAAAUUAAAACAGCACCUGUAGGUUCCAGUAUUAUAAUGGAAUGUAAAACUGACCUAGCACCACCUGUCGAUUAUACGUGGACCAGACAAGGAAGGAGUAUACCAGAUUAUAUCGAUACACACAGCAGAAGUCUUCAGUUGAACGAUGUCAGUAGUUCAGAUGCUGGUGUAUACACUUGCACACAAAGUGAUGGCAGGAGGAAGAUCGACACCACUACUGUUUUCACUGUCACAGGAAUUGUUCCACACUUCACUCAAGCUCCUGUUAGUUACAUCGCUCUGAAUACCCUCCCCGAUCCCUACAUUCAGUUUAACUUUGAAAUAUCAUUCAAACCCCAAAAUAGUGACGGUCUUAUCCUUUAUAACGGAAACAAAGGCAAUAACAGAACUGCCGAUUUUAUUUCUCUUUCAUUGGUGAAUGGGGUACCCGAAUUUCGUUUUAAUCUUGGUGGUGGUGUAACAAUUGUUAAAGCUGAUCGUCCAGUGUCUUUGAACGAAUGGCACACCAUCAAAAUCGUUCGAUACAGAAAGAAAGUGACCAUGUUUGUUGAUGGAGCCGAUCCGUUUAUUGGAAAUACCGAAGGAAAAUACGUAGGCCUGGAUCUUUCCGGAAACCUGUAUCUUGGAGGUGUUCCUAACUUCAAUGAAAUUUCACCAGAUGUUGGCGUCUACAAUGGCUUCGUGGGUUGUAUAAGUCGCUUCAAGGUCGGUUACAAUCACCAGGACAUCGUCAAAUUGGCUGUAGCAAAAGAAGGCAUCACCACUUGUGAAACUUGCUCCCAUAAUAAAUGCAAAAAUAGAGGUGUUUGUCAGGAGGCGUUAUCUCUUGAGGGCUACAACUGCAUUUGUACACCCGGAUACAGUGGACCUACUUGCCAGAAGUUGAAAGGAGAGGCAUGCUCACCAUAUACCUGCGGAACUGGCCGUUGCAUUGACAACGACAACGGUUUUGACUGCCUUUGCCCAAUGGGCCGCUUAGGACGUAGGUGCGAAAGAGAAGUGACCAUCAACGAACCAGCAUUCAGCAACGGCGCAUACAUUGCAUAUCCAACACCCAAAGCACCACGACGCCUCAAAGCAUCGUUAAAAUUCAAACCAACUGACACCCGUGACGGAAUUUUGCUUUAUUGUGCUGAGACAGACGAAGGCCACGGAGACUUUGUCAGUUUGGCAGUAAGGGAUCGCCAUGUAGAAUUCAUUUUGAACGUAGGUGGUCGUCCGAUUGUGAUCCGAAGCGAAAAAGAACUGAAACCUGGAGAUUGGCAUAUUUUGACAGCCAGUCGUAGUGUCAGCGAAGGACGGCUGAUUGUCGAUGGCGAAACCUCAUUCGGAAGCUCUCCCGGUAACCACAAAGUACUCAAUCUCCUGACACCGUUGUAUGUUGGUGGCUAUGACAGUGAAAAUAUGAAGAUUAAUGAUCGUGUAGGAGUGCACAACAGUUUUAGUGGCUGCAUUUCAGAGAUCAAUGUUUCUGGUCUUGAUUUGGAUAUAAUCAGGUCGGCACAAGAUUCCGCCAACGUUAUGGAAUGCAGUAAUCUUAGCAACGAAAUCGAUAAUAACAUUGAAUACGCUCAUGAAGAGGUGCCACCAACACCACCAUCUACACCUUAUGAUCGUAGAAGAACUGGAUGCUCGAAUAGUCCAUGCAGAAAUGGUGGUCAGUGUUAUCCCUUGUCGCCUACGGACUACAAAUGUAAUUGCGUGCCUGGAUAUAUCGGAAAAGAUUGCGAAAUAGAAGAAAACGUCUGUGACCAAAGAUUACCAUGUCAAAAUGGAGGCACUUGCUAUGGUAACGCCACCGGAUAUGAAUGUAGCUGUCCACUUGGUUUCUUUGGAGUCAACUGCGAACAGCGGGUCCAACUGAGGAACGAUGCACACUUCGAUGGAAAGGGUUACCUGGAAUUCGACAGAUAUCUUCUCGAUUCAAUCUCCGAGAAUGAAGAAGAAGUAAUAGCUGUCGAGUUGUCUACAAACUCGAGUAACGGAUUGAUAUUCUGGCACGGACAAACCCCGAAUGAAGAUGGCCAAGGCAAGAACUACAUCUCCUUGGGAGUUGUUAACGGCUAUUUGGAAUUCAGUUACGACCUAGGAUCAGGUCCUGUAGUAUUAAGAAGUAAUCAAGUCAGAGUGGAUGAUGGACAAAGACACAGCGCCAUCUUGAAGCGUAGGGGCAAGAAAGGCUCAGUUGAAGUAGAUCAUGCGUAUGUCACUUCUGACGAAUCUCCUGGGUUCACCACUACCCUGAGCUGCACUGGCAACAUUUACUUGGGCGGCACACCCAACAUUGGACUGAUGACUGGCAAUAAAUUUGUGCAAGGUUUCGAUGGUUGCAUUCACGCUUUUGAAUUGCAAAAUUACAAAACACUCGACCUGGGAGUAAAAGCUAUUUCUGGAGUAAAUGUAAAACCUUGUUCUAGCUUGAAUGACACAGACGACUUUGACGAAAACGACCUCGUGAAUUGAAAACGACUAUUAGUUUCUAAGUUUAAGAAAAAGGAGCAGUCGAAUUAAGUUAUCCAAUAAGUGUUCACUGUUUUGUGUUCAUUUGAUUUUAUUCAAGAUCAUUACAAGUUCGCAAAAUGCUGGCAGGCCAGCAUGAGCUGGCAUUUUGCUGAUUUAUUUAUUCCUUCAGGGAAUAUGCUUCUGUAUUGUUCUUUUAACUGCCAUUUUUCUGGUCGACUCUUUUUUUUAUAUACUAUAACCUUUUUUACAUGAUUUUGUCUUAAAAAAAAAUUGUGCCAUUUUAGGAAUAGUCUUAGUAAGAAAAUAAUUGUUGAAGAGCAAUGUAUACUUAAAAGGGUACAUAAAAAAUAAGGUCCAAUGUGUAAUUUGUGAAAUAAAUUUCAUAUUUCGAUUCUCUUUAGUGUAGUUACUUAAUUUUUAAUGGUGCUAUUAACAAUUUAUUAUGAAUAAAGGCUUUGUUGAUUCCAGUUAUAUCCUUCUGUGCUUUUUUGUCCAUAUGUUCGCUUUACAUUUUCAUAUUAUAAUUAAUUUAGUGUUUGUACCUAUUAUUUUGUUUUCUUAAUGAAAUUGUAUACAAUGUGAUUUUACAAAACGAAACAAAAACGUAUCAGCAAUGGUGAUUAACAAUAAAGUAUAAUUAUAUAUGUAGUUCUAGGCUAUAAAAUGUUUUAUAAGUGCUUUAAAAUUUUCUUUUUCUCAUGUAGACUAAAAUCACUAAACAUGUGGAAAUAUCAUAUAAUAAAUAAAUUGUAUAAAAUGCCUAAAUUUUAAGAGAUAAUCGUGAAAUUCAAAUUUAUUGGAUGGCAUUUGUUGCUGUUGAAUGUGCUGAAUCUCGUUUGAUAAAUGCCCUCUAAUAAAAACGCAUUGUUUGUAAUUAACUAUUUGUUAUAAGUGCAUUUUCAAUAACUGAAGACAAUAAUUAUUGAAUAAAUGUAUGUAAAAUUGAUCCAA